AUGCUCCGCCGUAAGAAGGCGUGGAAUCACCCAAGAGGAGCGGAGGUUAUUCUCGAGUCACUCUCUCCACCAAAAGGCCCAGUGCUGGCCAAGUUCGAAUCGGACAGGGUGAAACCGUCAUCAAAAAGCCCAUGCAUCACCUCCUGCAAUUAUCUAGCAUCCUACACACGGUUGGAUCCAGGGGAAUCAUCAAUUUUGAUCCCAGGUCGACCUCCCCUUUGGACUCCAGUAAAGAAGUCUCUGAAGCUCAAGGAGACAGGCUAUCCAAAAUGGGCCAACCCGAAGCCCAUCAAUGAACUUCCUCAUCCCUGGGAGGCAUCUUUUGAAGCCAUCCGGCGGCAGGAUUCGAAGUAUGAUCUUAAACGUACCGACAUCGUGACCUGCUCGGCCACCCUUAGAAAUCUCUUCGAUUUUAUCCGUGGUCUAACUUCUGAGAUUCGCUUUAUCAUGGAGCGCAUCGGCAAGACGGUCGUGCUUGUCCGACGAGAAGUUCCCGCGCCGGUUUGGUUGCCUGAGUCUGAUAUUCAACAUAAAUACGAGGCUGAGUUCACGAAGAGAUACACUAAGUGGGAAGACAUAGCCGCUGGAUACAAGGCCCAUCAGCGCAUUGUUCGGUAUAAUUUCGCAGGCAUCAAUAUGGUCGUUCGCUCUGCGUCAGAUGCCUAUAUCCCAAACCAGGAUUUGGACUUUCAAGGCGGAAGUGCAUCCACCAACACCGACACGACAAACAUCAGCAGUCUUACUGAAGGCAUCAGCGGGUUGCAGGUACAUGAAGGCGGCAAGCCAGUUGCUCAGAACGAAAUCCUCCACACCGAUUUACGGUCCAUGUACAAUCACCAUGGCCAACUUCGAAAGCUCCAUCUAAACACUGUCUUCCCUCGACUCUGGGCAUCACAAGUCUCAAACGUCGCAGUGGCAUAUCACAAGGAAGGGGUCAUGAAGAGCGUGCGCGUAUCAGACAUGAAGGAUGAACUCUUGAACUGGGAGCGUGAUAAUAAAGAUCAUCUUUCGCGGCUGGCGGGUCUUCUCAACAAUCUUACUGGGUAUGCCCGCGCAUCGCCGUCCAGACUUGAAGUUUGCCGCAGCUCUUUUGGGCCUCUUGAGAUCCGUAAGCUUGCAGACCAGGAUUCUCCAAAGGCUGUGUCACCGCAAAUGAGACUCUACUUGGACAAAUCGACAACAAGUCCGAGUGGCCCGGCGACUAAUGCACGGUGA